AUGGAGAAGAAGAGGAAACUUCCGGCUCGCGCUGCUGCCCGGGCCGAGCAGGCCGCAAAAAGGAGGCAUACCAGUCCCCCGGCGAGGUCAGCAACACCAGCACCUGCGUCAGAGCCCGAUCCUGAGCCGGCCAGCCCGGAGAAAGAGAAGGAGAAAGAACCCCCCCCGCCCUUACCGACGUCGAUUACCCCGGGGAAGCCUCUGCCAGCCGUCGAGUCGCCCCAACCCGACGACCUCCCUGAUAGCGAAUAUCAGACCGUUGCCGAAAGCGGCGUCCUUGGCGAGUCGAUCAGGCGGUCGCGUCACAAAUGGAUCAUCGGAGAAGGCAUGUUUGAGAAGUACUGGACCAAGCCUGUCAAGAAGCGGGGUGUCGUGAUUGAAGAACCGAACAAUCCGCCGAAGGACAGUAUGACCAAGAUCGGACAAGUCCAGAUUGUUGUCGAUCCUCACGUUUUCGACGCCGUUCUCUAUGCCGUGAGAGACCCGAAGCCACCACCGCCCCCUCCUCCUGAUAAGCGACCGAUCAUAGAGUAUGGACCUCGCAAUGGAGCUAUGCAGCCUCCGCCUACGCCAGGGGCGACGACGCCUGCUACGCCGUCGGUCCCGGCUCAAGGCCAAGCUCCUCCUUCUAUAGAGUCAGCACCAGCUGGUCCGGCACAACCAUCCCCAUCGCCUGCGCCAACUGCGUCUGCACCACAGCCACCUCCUGCCCCUCCGGCUCCUGUUCAGAGUUCGGUAAAUACAUCGCCAUCGACAUCUAGCAUGCCCACCGCGGCUCCAGCGGCACCGCCGAUCGUGUCGCCUAGGGGCAUGGAGAAUGUCCUGUCUCCAGCUCCUGCCCAAGCGCAGCCGAUGCCGCCUGCUCAGCCUUUAGCUGCAUCAGAGCCGCCGCCGCCUGCAGCUCCAAGCACGCAUCCUACAGCUCCUCCUACGCCUGCAAGUGGUCCUGUUGCUGCGCCCGCGCCCGCGCCCGCCCCUCCAUCCAAUGGCCCACCUACGACCCCGACACCAGCGCCGCCGAAACCCGGCACAGACCCUAUCAUUCUGAUGCUGGCCGAGCGCGCUGGUGGUGACCCUCAGCUCCGGGAGCUUAUGAAACGUGUUGCUCAAGGUAAUGCCGAGCAGCACGAGCUCCAAAAGUUCCAGUCUAUCAUCGAUGCUCUGACUGCCGAAAGUAAGCAGCAGCGCAAGGGCCCGACUGCUGCGGAGUUGACUAUCGCCAACGACGGCCGGUCUGUCCAGUGGUUUGCGGACCAGGUCCGCGAUAUCUUAUUCAUCGUGCAGCGCACUAAUCCCAGGGAGACCGGAUCUACUCUUAUCCCCCCUCCCAACUCUGACCCAUUGUGUAUCAUGCUAGCUCGCAAAGCACUAGAUGACAUCCGGACCAGAGAUAUUGUGCGCCGUGUGGCCGACAGGCGACCUCUCUUCUCCGACGCUCCCGACCUGAAAGCCAUACUGGAUGACUUCAAAUCCAAGCUGAUAAAAGCCCAGGAGGCCCAGAAACAAGCCCAGGCUCCCGCUCUCAAUGCGCGGGCCAAAGGCGCCACCGCUGGCCAACAUUCGAACCAAGUCAAUGGCAAGCCCUCGCCUGCCCCUCAACAAGCCCUCCGCUCCAAAGGCCCCCCUCCCCCUCCCAAACCUGACAUCUCCGCUAUCGUAGUCGAGUUCGUGGGCGGCAACGGCGACCGCUACCUCUUCCCGAGAUAUUCCCUUCUUGAAUACAAGCCCUUACCACCCGGCCAAUCAGGCCAGCAAGUUUAUGCCUCCUUCCUGAUCGUCCACCGCGGCUCUCAAUCCGAGUAUCCCGUCGCCGACCCGUCGCGCGACUAUUGGCAGGCCAUAACAAUCCGGCUGUACGCGCCGACGGGGGAUCAUUUGGAGCAGUUGCAGCAUGUGGUGGCGCCACGCGAGGAGGUGUUAAAGUAUUUUGAGACGGUGAAGAAUUCGAUGACUAGGGGGGAGUACAUAUUGUUGGCGUGGAGGUUGAGGAAGAAGCAGGCUGGGGAGGAGAGCGAGGAGGAAGAGGAUGGCGGGAAGAUGCCCGCCGGGAAGGAUAAGGAGAAAGAGAAAGAGAAGGGGAAGGGAAAGGCGGUUAAUGGCUCUUCGACUCCGGCGCCGGCAGGGAAGGGAAAGGAGAAUAAGGAGAAGGAGAAAGAGGAUGCAUUGGCCUCGAAAAAGAAGGCUGGGGCUAAUACCGGCGGUGUGCUCUGGACUACGAGCGGCAAACAGUUGCCUAAGCCAGAAUUGAGGGACCUGCCAAAAGGGAGGUCCUACGGCCGGGCGAUGGACGCUGAUGAGAAUUAUCAAAGCUUUAUUGCCUCGGUGAGCAAGAAGGAGAGCUAA